CAAUUUCAAUCCUGCACACUCAUCUCCUUUCAAUCUCAUACUUCAUGUCCUGUUCAGUAAAACAGAUAAAUGUGCAUUCACUCUCAUUUCAACCACAGUUCACUUUUGCGAUAAUACCAUACAACCUGCUUGUACAUCAAGGGAAUAUACUGGUUUGUUCUCGUUGUACCACCCGACACCUUGACUGCACACAAUCAUAAUACCAUUUGUCGCAAAAGAAUUCUUUCUCACCAUCAUUCGAAAUACGAUUUUCAAAAAUGAGGUUCAUUCUCCCAGUGGUCCUGUCUUUCGCAAGCUUUGCGACCGCGGAUUGUGAAUGCGGUUAUUCCUCCUCCAUCGGUGAUUCCUUGACACCAUACGUCUUCACUGACCUUAUCGAGUCCGACUUCUUACAUAUUCCCAAUAUCACUCUAGAUACCGACUGGAGACGACAGCAGUUUAAUAUGUCGGCUGCGGCUGGACGUGGUCCUUACGGCAUGAACUACAGUAUUGAGCAAAUCACGUCGAAUCCUAUGCUUGACGAGAAUACCUGGUCUGGAAGUGGGGAGUUUGGUAGUGAUCCUGGGGUGCAACUCACUGUCAGUGGAGGAGAUCCUGCCAAUGGGUUUGUUCAGACUGCAGAGAUAGAUUCAGCCCGUGAAGAUUUACUUUGGGGAACAUAUAGAGCUGCUAUGAAGCUGACUUUGACUCCUGGUACAUGUUCAGCUUUCUUUUGGGUAAGCUAUUCUUGAUAAAUUCGGGAACAAAUAUGUAGCACAUACUAAUUACGACUCAGUACUUCAACGACAGCCAAGAAAUCGAUAUGGAGUUCCUAUCUUCUCAAUUCAACGCUGAUAACAAUACAUUUCCUGUCAAUCUUGUUCUACAGUCAGUGCAAUCAGUGCAGGCUGGCUACAACGCUGCUGUGACAGGUAACUACGUUGUGGCGAACCUUCCCUUCAACCCCACCGCCGGCUACCAUGAAUACCGCAUCGACUUUAUCCCUGGAAACGUCAUAUUCUAUGCUGAUGGACAGAUUCUGGCAAAGAUGAACAGCACAGCAGUCCCGACAUCGCCUGGUCAUAUGAUUAUCACACAAUGGAGCAAUGGCAACCCACUGUGGUCGUCAGGUCCGCCACCACAAGAUGCCGUUAUUUCAGUCAGCUAUGUGAAAGCCUACUUCAAUUCCUCAAAUUUGGUGCGUCAGACAGCCCUAACAAGGCGCUGCAAGGACCCCGGUGCCGCAAAUGCCAUUUGUGCCAUUCCUGACCAGAUGUCGGCCCCAGAUCCGGACCUGACCAAUGGUAAUGUUUCAGCAAGUACAUAUUUCUUCAGCAAUCAAAAGAAUGAGACGAAUAAUCAGACUGUGUAUAAAAAAAGUGAAGCUACUAAGACAGCAACCGCAGGACCUCUUAGCUCGAUACCACUUUUCACUGUUAUUUCUCUGAUUGCUGCAAUCGUGCUUUAAAGGUCCAUAAUAAUUUGAAAUAUUGCAUUCUUUUUUCUCUUAGAUCUUUUCUGCCUUGGGCUUACAGAUUCAAUGAGUAUAUGAUGUAAAGGGCGAUAAUAGGAGAACAUGAGUUGAGGAUGAUCUUGGGGAUUGCUUUUCAUGGAACCAGAGGAGAUACAAAUCUUACGAGGAGUCGGUCGAGGUACCUUUGUUUUAAUAGUUG